UGUCGUUGGUUUACUGAGGCUUCAGAACGACCACCUCUCGGACCUGAAACGUGUCGAUGAGUCGUUGUCUUUCGACUUUUAGAACGGCCACUUCUGAAAAGUUUGGGUUGUUGGUUUUCGACUUGAUAACGACCACCUCUGGAAAGGGAAUCUGAGCCGUUGUAAUGUGUCACUGUGCCGUUGAUUUUUAACUUUAGAAAGACUAUCUUUCGAACCUGAAAAGUGUCGUUGUGUCGUUGGUUUUCGACAUGAGAACGACCACUUCUCGGACCUGUAAAGUGUCGUUCUGCCAUUGAGCAAGUGAAGCUGGUUGGUGUUUUGGUCAAAUCUGGAAAACAAAUAAGGCGGCAAUAUUCUUCGUGUGCUACCCAUGAUUAAAUUGUGUCUAUUAACGUGUCAAAUGGUCUUUCGGGAACGGCGAUGAAGCGAAACUCGAAAUUUUUACUAAACUUGUGAACGAAGCACUUGGAGUGAAAAGCCGAAGCAGUACAGGGCUGCAAUCCUCUCUCUGCUCUAAGGUGCUUCUCGCCAGCUCCAUGCUCUCCACCGUCACAAACUUCAACCAGGGGGGGAGCUCACCCGUCGCCCAAAAGCUCAUCGAAACUCCUUCUGUGAAGCUCGACUGCUUUUCCUCCGUCGAACAUUUCGAGUUCUUAAGAGACUUCGAGGACCGGGCGAGGAGGAUACUGCAAGACCUCGAAGCGAAGAACGCCCCGAUUUCGAGAGACAGAAGCGUACCUCAGCGUAGAAUAAGAAGAAAGAAGAAGAAGAAAAAGAAGAAAUUGGAGAAGGGAAAAAGGAAGAAAAGAAGAAAAAACAAAGGAGAAAACGACACGCGAGGGAGAACCAACGUGAGAAAGCGGGUUCGAACUCAUUCCGUGGGGAGAGAAACUGCUUCGAACUUUCGGCGGGAUCCGGACCCUUUCUCCGGGAUUUUUAGGAUCGAAGGAAUUCAAACGCAGAUGCACGAAGGAUCUCAAGGCUUUGGAAAUGCAACGUCUCAAUCUCAUCUUCAGAGGAGAAGAUCUGUUGCAACAUUGCCUUCAAGUGCACAGACUCACGAUUUCGAGGAGAGAGAGGCACGGACAUUCCCAGAUGUGGUGUGCCGCCAGUCCAACACGGGCCUCUUCUCCUUCUUCGCCUUCGCCAUCCUCAGCCUCGACCUCACCGCCAACAUCAUGAGCACCAUCGACAUCUCCGUCGACAUCGACAUCGCCGGAAGCGCCGCCAACAGCUCCACCACCAUCAACAACACCAACACCAACACGAACACCAACACGAACGAGAACAUGAACACCAACAACAACGGCCGCUCCCUUUACUCUCUCGACGCGCAAAGCUUCUCCUCGAACCCAGGUGGCGGCGGAGAGUCACCGAGGAUCUUCCAGGACUCAAAGGGCACUGGAGAGUCACCGGAGAUCCUGCAGGACGAAGGAGGCGAUGACUACACGACGGGAGAGGCUGGCUACCCCCCUCAGGAGACCGUCGAGGAGAGAAACACCCUGAAGGAGUUGUUGGAGAGCACCUACGAAAGGUUCUUGGAGGUUCACCAGCGGGUGAUAAUGGCACAAGGUCGGGUUCAUAGGCGGGGGUUCAGCCAGGGGUUCCUUCAGGCUUGGUUCGAGGACGUGCUCGAUCUGUAUUAUGCUCUUAGGGAAUGAUCAAUAUUUCUACUUUUUUUGCGUCUUUGUAUUAUAUGUCCUCUUGGAAAAUCUGUUUGUUCUCGGUAUCAUUCGUUUAGAAAAUCGUUAUUUUUCUUUUUUUUAUUCAUUUAUUCUUGCUCUGAA